GUCACUUCCGGGGCGUUACCUAGAAGUUGUAACGGAAGUGACGUAGGGCACGCGCCCUUGGCGCGAUGGAGCAGCAGCAGCAGCAGCAACAGCAGUUGAGAAACCUGCGGGACUUCCUGUUGGUCUACAAUCGGAUGACGGAACUCUGCUUCCAGCGCUGCGUGCCCAGCCUGCACCACCGAGCUCUGGAUGCUGAGGAGGAGGCCUGUCUGCACAGCUGUGCUGGGAAGCUGAUCCAUUCCAACCACCGCCUCAUGGCCGCUUACGUGCAGCUCAUGCCUGCCCUGGUACAGCGCCGCAUCGCCGACUACGAGGCUGCCUCAGCUGUGCCAGGUGCUGCUGCUGAACAGUCCGAAACCUCGCCAUCAGGCAGCUAGCCCUGCCCAACCCCAGGAAGGGAGGCACUGGAUGGACCCUCAGAUUGAAGGAACCAGUGGACCUUGGGCUAGGUGCAGCCUGGGUAUAGAAAGUGAGGGGUUGCCUGAGAGCUGGGUACUGUUGCUCCUUUUCCUGGAGCUAAUAAACCCGCUUUUACUCUGUUUGGUUUAUAUAAUGGGCAGGGAAGCUUUGCCCACUUUAUUGGCACCAUUCUUUUUAUUCUGUCAGUGCUUCAGCCCUGGCAGCAGAGAAAUUGCCUUCUAUGUGUAGAAAGUAAACCUCAACAUUCCCAAACACCUGCUUAAAGUAAGGUCCUGUGGCAGUAGCAACAGGAAGUUGGUUCCUGCCCAGAUGACAGAGAAAAUGGGAGCUCUGCCCAUCUAGCUGACCUUAACUUAAAUCUAUCUGACUUAAAUGGCUCACUUAAGAGAUAUCUAGGAACAACAAAUUAGGAAACUACAGGCCUUUUAGGCACUACCUCCUGGGAAGUCAGUAGCCUCAGACAGAGCUAAAACCUGUAAGAAUUCUGGAGUGUUCUGGAACUUCAACUAUUUCCCUGAGUUGUUACUUUCUUACUCUUUUCUGUCUUCCAGGAUAAGCAGUAAAACCUUUUAUCAAAGAAGGUAUGUGUGCUUGUUUUCAGGAGCAGUCAGAAAGGGGAAAACUUGGGGAACUGUAUUCUGCAACACAGACUUGAGGGAGAGAAACCCAAGGGAGAAGUAGAUGGUGGUGGUUAUGGGGAAAAAAGGAGGAAAGCAAAAUCUUAAAGACUUAUUGACUGUUACCUUAAUGUCUGCUACUUGUCUAUAAUCUCCUAAUUCUAGCUCUUCCUCCCCCUGCCGCCUAUUGUUCCCACUGUGCUUCUUCUGUGAUUUCUCAUUCCACCCUCUCUGUUCUUUCCUCAUAAUCGCCCUUCCCGUUGUUGAAUUUACUUCUGUAUUCAGCAGUCUGAAUGGCCUAUCACACCAUCACCGAAUUUUCUUUCCACUCUUGCAUCCUUUUUGUAUCAUCCCAGCUGUUUUAACUUUGCUGCUCUUCCAUUCACACUGUUAGAGAAAAACAGCUGUAUAUUGAAUGCCACUAAAUAUAUUGAAUGCCACUAAGAUCUCUAGCUGCAACCAAGCCCUUACUACCAUUAAGCAACCCUUUGUGGGUUCCUGGUCUAUUUGCUCUCUUAGUCACCACAGUAGUUAUUUUAUACCUUCACUGCUGCUCUCCCUAAUCCCCCACCUCACCCUCAGCUCUUCCCCAUCAGGUGACCAUGUUUCAUUUUUUAAAUGGAAAUGGAAGCUCUUAGACAUUGGCUCCCAUAAUAGUAACUAAAAAACAAAAACAGAAACUUAAGAACUACCCAGAGAGCAGAUGUUUUUCCCCCCCUGGGCAGAUCAGGAAGUUGAAAUUCUCUAGUAGCAGACCCUGUCUGAAAAUGCAGAUCUGACUUUAAAAUCCAUGUUUCCUUUACUAUACCAGGUUUGCCUUUCAAAAUAUCUAUUGAGCACCCACUUUGUGUGGGUUCUGAUGCUGGUAUUACCCAAUAUAACAGAUGAGGAAACAAGAAUUCAGUUGUACCAGGAGAGCCCACCUUAUAUACAGUUACCUAUUGAGGGAGGUGGAAUAAAGUCCUCUCCUUGGAAGAUACAAACGCAGGUAAAAGAGCUGGUGAACUGAAUUCUCAGUGACAGGGAUGGGGACCUGGGAUAUUGCACUGCUGGUGGGAGGAUUCUUCCACGUUAACAUUUGUGUUUAUAUCCUUGCAAUAAACUUCCAUUGUGAAUUA